AUCAUCAAAUAAAUAAAUAAAUAUAUUGCCGUCAUCGGCACAUGAUUCUUAAUCCGAUGGCAAACUGUUAGCUGCUGUUAGCUUACACAUUUUAUCAGCGACACAGUGAUAAUGAAUACAUUGAUGGAUACCAUUUAUUCCUAAAUAAAAAAAUUCGCAGGAAAUGUUUCUGUUUUAUUGGAUACUUUUUAUUCACAUAAUACUGAAUUGUACGGGAAAACCUCCAAAAAACAUUUGUUCGUAUAAAGAAGACCAUUUGCUUUGUAAAAAACAUCUGCCAGAUAUUCAAUAUCCGAGUAAAGCGUCAAUUUUGGAGCUGCACGAUGUACGUUGGCAGCAUCUCAGUUUGGAGGAACUGAUUCGAAAAUUUCCCAACGUUAGUAGUGUUACGAUAAACGGGGGAAGUAUUCAAAGUCUGGAACCACCAAUGAACAGCAACAAUAAAAUUCAAAUUUUAAAAUUGAAACAUUUGAAAAUUGAAUCGAUUCAACCAGAUUUGUUUGUGAAUUUGAAAAAUCUGACCACACUGAAUCUUGAAGGGAACAACAUCAAAGAGUUGAAUGAAAAUAUUACGUUUGAAGGGAUUUCAAAUUUAUAUUUAUCUGAUAACAAGUGGAAUUGCAGCAGCAAUUUAGCGUGGGCAAUAAACUACGAGACGAUAAUAAAAGAUGCGAAUAAAAUUCGAUGUCAUAUUGGGUAUACGGGAAAACCAUUAGUUCCGAUCGCACAUUUCCUGAGAGGUAUAUCAUCGGAUUGUCCGGAAUCGUGUGUCUGUUCGAUGUCUCAGGUGUUACAGAAACUGAACUCGACUCGUUUGGAACCGAUGAUUUUGGUUAACUGUUCCGGUCGCGGUUUGCGGCAGUUGCCGUCGAAAAUUCCCCCAGAAACAAUGAUGAUCCAUUUGGAAAACAACGACAUAUCGAAUGUGGAACCGUUGAAAUCGAACAAAUUGUAUAGAUCCGUUGUCGAUAUUUUCCUAGACAACAAUUCCAUAACCGGCAUCGAAGAGUUAGAGGGUACCUAUUGGUUUCACAACUUUCGAGUUCUCUCGUUAAGCGGAAACAAACUGACGGAGUUACCGCCGUACGCAUUGGAUAACGCAAUGGAAUGCAAUAAAAAUGCGUUGGCCAUUCAACUAAGUUUGGGUGGAAAUCCUUGGAGAUGCGACUGCGUGUUUACACCUGAAUUUCAGGAACUACUUGUGAAAUACGCCACUAACAUUAAGGAUGUUAAAGACAUUAAAUGUUCCUAUGUGGAAGGCGACGAGAAUUCUUUAUUACCGAUCAUCGAUUUAUCGAGAAGUUCAGUCUGUCGAUAUCCGAGUGAAUAUUCGGUUCAAGAAGCUUUAGAUCUAUUAAAUGCCGUUUUGGCGAGUUUAAUAGUUUUUGUUGUAGGAAAAUUGGCAUAUGAUUAUUAUCAUUUUAAAAAAACCGGAAGACUGCCCUGGAUUGUAACAAAAAUUCCGUAGUUCUAUUUAAAUAAAAUGAAUAAAUCAUUAAAUAAUAAUAAGCAAUUAUUUUAUUACAAUUUAACAAAUUCGGAUAUUAUUCAGAAUGAGUAACAAACGAGUUAUUCAUACAGAAAUAAAUAUUUCAUAAAACGAGGACGCGACGCGUCUUCAAGGAAUAACAUACCCGAAUUUCACGAACAAACAUUUAUUUAUGUAAUUUAAUUUAUGAUUGUAUGCUUAAAAUAUAAAUUAUUUUUAUACAAAGUGA